AUGGGCGAUACCACCUACUGUACCGGCCAGGAUUACCUAUCCCAACUACCGGCUGAGUUACUCAGCGAAAUCUUCCACCUACUGAAUACAUCAUCGAGGACAUGGGCUGUCUUUAAUUCAAGGGCGUCAGAGAUAGUCAAGGCUGUAUUAAACUCGACCGUCCCAGUCCAAACUCGAGUACAUAUGCGCCAGCUCUCUCAAAAUAUCAUUGCAACACCUGCACAGCUACGGAAUUUUGCGAGGUUAUCUCAUAGCAUCCAUGUUCUCGCACAUCUCUACAUCGACAGAUGCCUUCAACGUUGCUUGAACAGUCCUCUCCUCCAAAGAGGAUACCCCAUGGGAUUCAGAGAUCCUACAUGGACAGAGGAGCAACGAAUGAUUCCGCCCUUCUGGCGUGUGGUGUUUUUCAAUGAGCUUAAGUUGGAAGGGCUUAGGAGCCAUCUAGACUGGUCGCCUAUAGACCUUGAACAGUUACGAGACCAUGGUCCUUACCGGCAAUUUGGAGGGCUCACUCCAAGAUUUCAAGCCAGCACAGCAUUGCGCUAUAUUUUGGAGGAAAUGAAUCCCGAAGGCUCGGAGGAAGAAUUUUCAGGCGAUACGGGACAGCCAUUCGAGCUGCCCAAGCUUCCCAUGGGCAUGGAGUUCGGCCUGGCGGGUCAGCCACCUCCGUCUCUACGGGCUGUCAAUCAGGGUUGGGAUGCUGCUGACCCACCGCCCAAAUCGACGGCAACACCGAAACCAGAGACGAGGUGGAUACCAGAGCGGAGAAAUUUGACUCUGUGGCCGACUGGCUUACGGGAUACGUUACGAUUGGGUUGCUUAUUAAGGAUGGAAUCUUCAUCUGAGGAGAGUCUCAUAAGCGAAAGCCCUCCCAGUGGCCCUGACAACAUCCCACCAGUGCCUUUCCUGAUUCAGAAUUUCGGACAAAUUCCACCCAAAGAGGAGUGGCGAGUGCUCCACGGAAAAACGAUCGGUGUACACUUCUGGUACCACAUGUGUGAUAAUCGCAAGGAAGGCCCAUGUCAAUAUACAAGCAGCGGUCUAUCUUCAAUAUGGCUUUGCUAUUUGGGAUGA